AUGACCAACAUCCGAAAAAACCACCCUCUAAUCAAAAUUAUAAACAGUUCAUUUAUUGACCUUCCAGCUCCAUCUAAUAUCUCCUCAUGAUGAAACUUCGGCUCCCUUCUAGGAGCCUGUCUAGCCCUCCAGAUUAUUACAGGGUUAUUCCUAGCAAUACACUACACAGCAGACACAACAACUGCAUUCUCCUCCGUUACCCAUAUCUGCCGAGACGUAAACUACGGGUGAGUAAUUCGAUACCUCCACGCCAACGGAGCAUCUAUAUUCUUCCUAUGUUUAUUCAUCCAUGUAGGCCGAGGACUAUACUACGGCUCUUUCGUACUAUCAGAAACUUGAAACAUCGGAAUUAUUCUACUCUUCACGGUAAUAGCCACAGCCUUUAUAGGGUAUGUCCUCCCAUGAGGACAAAUAUCCUUCUGAGGCGCCACAGUAAUUACCAACCUACUUUCAGCAAUCCCCUACAUCGGCACCAACCUAGUCGAAUGGAUCUGAGGCGGUUUCUCCGUCGAUAAAGCUACACUAACCCGAUUCUUCGCUUUCCACUUUAUCUUACCUUUCAUUAUCACAGCCUUAGUCAUAGUGCACCUCCUCUUUCUCCACGAAACAGGAUCUAAUAACCCACUAGGCAUUCCAUCAAACCCCGACAAAAUCCCAUUCCACCCUUACUACACAAUUAAAGACCUACUAGGACUUAUUCUCCUCAUUCUCCCACUCAUAACCCUAGUAUUCUUUUCUCCCGACCUCCUAGGAGACCCUGACAACUACACCCCAGCCAACCCCCUCAGCACUCCACCCCAUAUUAAACCAGAGUGAUACUUCCUAUUUGCCUAUGCUAUCCUACGAUCCAUUCCCAACAAACUAGGAGGAGUACUAGCCCUAAUCUUCUCCAUCUUAAUUCUAGCUAUUAUCCCCUUACUCCAAACAGCUAAACAACAAAGCAUGAUAUUCCGACCUCUAAGCCAAUGCCUAUUCUGAAUCCUAGUAGCCGACCUAUUCACCCUUACCUGAAUUGGAGGGCAACCCGUUGAACACCCUUUCAUCACCAUCGGCCAAGCAGCAUCUAUCCUAUAUUUCUCCCUUAUCCUCAUUGCUAUACCAACAGUAAGCCUAAUAGAAAAUAAAAUACUUAAGUGAUAG